GUGAUUUCCUGGUUUGGUGCUGUAGUCUCAAAAGGGUGGGUCAUAUCCCUGCUGAAUCAUCUUGUAGAGCUCUUUACUCCAAGAAGUCUUCAUUUCUUUGGUGAGUUUUAAGAACUGAUGAAGUGAAAGGAGAUUUUGAAAGCAAGGUGAUUUGCAAGCUGCCGUGCCUUGUGGUGAAAUCAUGUUCAGCUCUCCUUUCAAAGCUGAUCGCCUUCGGGUCAACUUGCAACUGGUUGUCAAUCGCCUAAAACUCCUGGAAAAAAAGAAAACCGAGCAGGCCCAGAAAGCAAGGAAGGAGGUUGCUGACCAUCUGGCUGCCGGCAAGGAUGAACGAGCUGGGAUCCGAGUGGAGCACAUUAUCCGAGAAGACUACCUUGUGGAGGCCAUGGAGAUCCUGGAGCUGUACUGUGACCUGCUGCUGGCUCGGUUUGGCUUGAUCCAGGCCACAAAGGAACUGGAUUCUGGUCUGGCUGAAGCCAUAUCUACACUAAUCUGGGCAGCUCCUCGCCUCCAGUCAGAGGUGCCUGAGUUGAAAAUAGUGUCUAACCAGCUGUGUGCAAAGUACAGCCAAGAAUAUGGUCAACUGUGUCGAACCAAUGAGAUUGGAACUGUCAGCUCUCGGCUAAUGUGUAAAUUAAGUGUGAACACUCUACCCCAGGUUCUAGUGGAACAGUACCUGAUAGAAAUUGCUAAGAACUAUAAUGUGCCAUAUAAAUCCAAGGCAACCAAUAUGGUUGAAAGCCCAGCAGACCUGAUCAGUAUUGGAUUUACCAAGGAUGUCAAGAAAGGUGCCCUUGACAGAGGAGGUGGGACUGUAGCAGGAACUGGUCCUACACUUGGGGCAUCGCCAAUAUCUGUACCAGGGCCCUUACCUGUGCCAUCCCCAGCCCCUAGUUUCUCUUCCCUUCCUCCCGAAAGACAGAAUGCCUCCUAUAAGAAGAAUGAUUUGCUUUCUUCCCUGGUUCCUAGUCCAGGACUCAACCCCCAAACUUCUCUAAAGCCAGAAUCAAGAGCCAAGAUUGGUUUUGAUAACUUUAUACUGCCUGAAGUGCCUGAUGUAAAACCUCAAGCAAGCCUAUCCAUUGACCCUUAUGAUUCUGAAGAAGUUGACUUUGAAGAUCUUGACCGGAGACUUGAAAUACUGAAGAAAACCACGUAAUCCUUAGUCCUGGAUUGAGUAUUUGCCUGGGAAUCAGAGCUCCUGGGCACAAAUUUUAACAUGGCCACCCAUGUGUGGGUCUGAAGUUUUCUCAUGUACAGUUCCUUCCAUUUCUUAAAUUCUAUGGUUCACUUUCUGUAAUAAAUAUAACUAUUCCUGUCCCUUAAAAUUGUAUAAUUCUUAGAUGAAGAGUCCCGAUCUAUAGACUUUUAUUAAUUGUAGUAAAAAAACUUUUGUUUUCUCCUGGAUCCUUAUUUCUCUCAUAAUUAUCUCUUUUUCUAGGGAGACAGAAUGGAGUGUAUUUAAAUCUGCCUCUUAUGCUUGCUAGCUAUAAGAUUUUUGGUAAAUGGUAUCUCUUGUCAGACAUGCGUGAAAGAGCCUAGAAACUAGAGGCCUAAGUGUCUUUUUUUUUUUUAAGAUUUUAUUUUAUUUUAUUUUAUUUUUCUCCCCAAAGCCUCCCAGU